UGCCAGGUAAAUGACAAUGAGCGCCCCUUCCUUCACUCUGCCGGUGACGGUCACCCUAGAACGGUCGUUAGACAGCCAGGUUAAAAGGGGCGUGGACAACUUCAUGAGAAGAUGCUCCCGUGUUGUGUCAUCCACUACUUUAAGUAGUCAUCAGACAUGGAACCAAGACGCUGUCCCCAGUACUGAAUUCAAGCUACAACCACGGGGUGACGAUGAAUUUGACACUGCAGCAGAAGCAUUCUUCUGUUUCCUGCGAUUGGAAUGGUGUAAAGUACCUGUAUUCGGACUUGGGUGGCUUACUGCUGACGAGGAAGCAAAUGCUUUUUCCAAAUCCGAGAGAAACACCCCAGCUCACUCUGAUAUCAGACUGAAAACAUUUGCUCUUGGUGCUUUUCAAGAGAGAAGCACAUUUAUCAUCCACUAUGACGCUUCAGCCUAUGGCUCCCCGUUUGAGGACGACGCCAGUAGUAUUAGACCUGCGAUUAGACUUGAGCUCGAGAGACAGGUGACCUUUGAACAUGACCGAAAGCAGCUCGCGGUUCACUUCAAGCCAUCGGAAGACGAAGGUGUUCACAAGUUCGAAGUGGAUUAUGACAACCUGGAGAGUUACAUCCUCGUGUACGACAGCUAUGUACAAACAGGGCUGUACUUCUUCCUCAAGCAUCCCUUAAAGGUCGAUCGGUAUUUCUUCCAAAAACUUCGAACGGAGGAAGAACGAUUUGGUGCUAGAUUUGCGGAAAUUGACACUGCACUACACCAGCUACUGGCCAUGAGAGACAUCAUCAUGGAGGCAGAGCAGGUCCAGUUCCCGGCUGCACACCGCACGGUGCGCCGUGUCUUCGUCACGCCGACCCGUCUGAUGUUCAUGCACCCUGAAAUAGUACGGGAUAACAGAAUCUUACGGAAGUACGGCGAGGACAACUUCAUGAGAGUGUCCAUUCGUGACGAAGACUUUGGCAAACUACAAGCGGUGGGUUGGCUGGCCCCAGGCGAGGAGGAGACAUUUACACAUGUCAAUUGUGUCCUUCAGGACGGGAUGAAACUCGGAGACAGGAACUACGAAUUUCUAGCCGCUUCCAACAGCCAACUCAGGGAGCAUAACGUCUGGUUCUUUGCUUCUGACGGGAAGAACACAGCCGAGUCCAUCAGAAGAGAAAUGGGGGAUUUCUCUCACAUCAGAUGCCCCGCUACCGUGCUUGCGCGUAUGGGCCAAUGCUUCUCCAACACCGAACCAAGUGUGGUCGCCAAGACCUCUGACAGAGAGGUGGUCAGAAUACCUGAGAAAGAAGCUGGCGAGAAUCCAGUCUACUGCUUCUCUGAUGGUAUUGGCAAGAUAUCACAGUCACUGGCACAGAAGGUACAUGGACGCCGUACACGUGGUGAGACAGAGGUACCGUCAGCCUACCAGAUCCGGUAUGGAGGGAUCAAGGGUGUGGUGGCAGUCGAUCCAUAUCUUCCCGGAGAUGUCAUGCAAGUUCGACCGAGUAUGAUUAAGUUCAUGUCUUCGGACGAGAAUAUUGAGAUCUGCAUGACCAGCCAUCCAGCUCGACUGUACCUGAACAGACAAGUGAUAACUAUCCUAUCAGCGUUAGGCGUUCCUGACCUGAACUUCCAGAACCUCCAAGAGACGAUGCUCCAGAAUCUCUCCGACAUGCUUGUGUCGGAGCACGUGGCCUUCAAAUCUCUGAAGAGACGGGCGCAGCCAUUUGUGCUCCCUUUGGGUAAACUGUCACGCUGCGGACUUCAUAUCACUACAGAGCCAUUCUUCAGAGCCAUGUUACAGAAAAUGUUCACCUGUUUCCUCGGACAACUACGACGAAAAGCGAGAAUAGAGAUCCCACCUGAGUACGGAAGAAACAUGUUGGGUGUCCUGGACGAAACAGGCACACUAGAGUACGGGGAAGUCUUCGUCCAGUACACGGAGGACAUCGCGGACAAGAGUAGCAGGGCCAGAGUUCUCACAGAUAACGUAGUCGUGACACGGAACCCGUGCUUUCACCCGGGAGACGUCCGGAAACUCAGGGCAGUCGACGUUCCCAAACUGCACCACAUGGUCGACGUCAUCGUCUUCCCCUCCAAAGGACAGCGACCGCAUCCAAACGAGAUGUCUGGAGGAGACCUGGACGGAGACGAGUACUUCGUCACCUGGUAUCCUGACCUGAUAUUCCCGAGGCCGAAUCUGAAGCCUAUGGACUUUACAUCACAGGGGAAGAAGUUGCUACCAAGUGUUGAAACCCAAGACAUCAAAGACUUCAUCGUCGAGUACAUUAAAAAUGACAUUCUUGGACAGAUCGCAAACGCACAUCUCGCUUCGGCACACACCUUACCGGGAGGCAUAUUUUCCAGUAAAUGUCUUGGCUUAGCUAAAAAACAUUCCGAUGCUGUGGAUUUUCCAAAGACAGGCGUAUGUCCUUCUCUGGAAAAAGACGAAAGACCUUUGGAGUAUCCAGAUUUUAUGGGGAAGAAGAAAGGCAAGACAACAAGAAGGUCAGAGUCAGUCCAGGGUAAGAUGUACCGGGAAUGUCAGACGAUUGAACGGGUUUGCAGUCACCUACAUGAAGAUAAGGACAUUGGGAGUCAGACAGUCGAGGUUGACCAAGCUUUCAUCCACCAAGACCACAAAAAGUACACCGUGAGUUCUCACCAGGCCAGAGAUCAGUACAAUGAACGACUGCAGGAUCUAAUGAAUCAGUAUGGGAUCGCAACAGAAGCCGAGGCCGUAUCAGGCUGUAUCGUUAGAAUGCGUCCCCACAUGGAGGACCGGUACGAGAGGUUUGAGGCUGAAAGAAUCGCGAAGGAUCGUAUCGCCCACCUUCGAAAACAGACCAGACAAGAGUUCUUUCAUGAUUUCGGGGGUGAGGAAAACGUAGACUUAGACCACUGUCCUGAGAAGGUCAUGGCAAAGGCGUCUGCCUGGUACAUCUCCUCGUACAGCAUGGGUAAUCCUGGUCUUCUCAGCUUCCCUUGGGUGGUGGCAGACGUUCUGGCUGAGCUAAAGAUAAGAACAACAGACAUACCUUCAUUGGUGCAACAGCCAAUCGUGGACAGAAUCACAAAUGAUUUAGCUGAAUUGUACGGGACGCAGUUCUACACUACCUUUAUGAAUCUGAUGGAUCCAAAAGAUGACGGACACAGUCGCCGAGAUCAUGUCCUGAUGUACAUGAGGAGGUACGCUACUGUCAUACACCUCGUUUCCUUUCUCUUGCAAUGGGGAAAGGAACAUUGUUCUCAGCUUAACCGGACAGACUUACUUUUUCUCUUCACGACUUAUGCUGUCAACCAAGGCUUCUUUGAAGAUUUGGGCAUGCCAACGCGAAAUGAGACCGUAGAACUGCAAAUCUUCCUUCGGCGAACAAAGGAAAAUGAUUUCUACAACUCGCUCUCCAUACUAGGAGGAAAAGCUACAGGAGAACUCUGCAUCAGUUUCCUGAAAUACUUGAGUUCUCACGAAUUCAUGGAGAUGAUGGUGACCUUCUCGUGUGAUAUUCCCGUCAGGUUGUCGUUACUACCCAGAAGCGCCAAAGAGAACCUGCAUGCCAAGGCGCUGGUGGCGUACCACCUGUUGGCGCAGACAGGAGAUAUUUGGCGGCUUACAAGCACGACGGACACCAAUAAGGAAAUACUCUGGGAGUGGGGUAUGGAAAUACCGCCAAACCUGUGGGACCAACAUUUCUACAGACGCAUGGAAACGCGAGAACAGGAGCUGUUGAGGGACACUGGUGUACAGGAGGUACAUGUCCGGCUACUGCGCCGCGUCCGAGGACCGUACCGGGGACACUUGUCAGCGGUUGGUACUGAAGAAAGCAUCAAUGAGCUGCAGCUAGUUAUGGAAAAUUUGAUUGAUAGAUUCAAGAAUAUGCAUUACAGAAGACCUUGGUCAAGACGUCGAUAAAGUCAUCCCGGUGUCACAGCGAUCUCGCCCCUAACGAUUUCGCACUCCCCGGGGUUGAGAUCGCUAGCGAUUUGGCCCCCUCCGGCCCUUUAUUUGAUCUACUCUUUUACACCGUACCACAAGUAUGGCAUGUACACAAAUUUGAUUAACAAUUCUAACAAUGUUAUUAUGGCGACAUUAUUGAAGCAAGAAAGUAGCCUUCUUGGUUAAAGUAUUCUCUGUCGCUACACUCAUCAGCACACGCAUCUCAA